AUGUCGACAAUUGCUUUCUUCGGUCCGACAGGUGGAUGCGUCAACGCAUGUCUCGCACACACCCUACUGAAUGGCUACAAAGUCAUCGCUCUAGCCCGCACACCAUCAAAACUCACAACACAACUCCUCGAGCAACCGGGCCUAACAACUGAAAUACUGGAUACCCAGCUCAAAAUCAUCCAAGGAGACGGAACGGACAUCGAAGCUGUAAUGAACACAAUCAUAACCUCAGAAACCGAAUCCGACAAAUCAGCUCAACCUACACUGGUCAAUUUGGUCAUCUCCGGGAUGGGCGGCACAGGUACAAUGGCAUUUACCAAGCCAUGUGAUAAGAUGUCCAUGCGCGUCCCAACUCUACCGCAUGUAGUGAUCCCGAAUCCACAUGUCGCGGAACAAUUCACCAUGACUUUGCUUGAGGCCCUGGGACAGAUUGCGGAGAGGUUUGACAGUUUUGCUGAUUAUGCGGCUGUCGCUCCGCGGGUGAUGGUCAUUUCUGGGACGGGAAUCAAGGAAGGAUUGAACGAUGUUCCAUAUUUGUUUAAGAAGAUGUAUGAUGUGCUUCUUCCUAUUCCGCAUGAGGAUAAGAAGCAGAUGGAGAGGCUUUUGGAGACGGAGAGGAAACAGAGGCAGAGUUUGCUUGUUGGGGGGUUGAUUAUUGUGCGACCUAGCUUUAUGGAGGGGGAUCAUAAGAUUGCUGCUCCGGGUGUCGAUGAUCGGUAUGAGAAGUUGAAGGUUGGGACAGAGAAGAAGCCGGCGGUCGGAUAUAUGAUUCCGAGGGCUUGGGUUGGACGGUGGAUGUUUGAAGAAAUUGUUAAGACCGGUGGGGACAAGUGGGUUGGGGAGGGUGCGAUCCUUACUGCUUGA